CACCGCUUGUUACCUAGCAAUAAUAAACACUACACCGACAGAAUGGCUACGUUUGUGCUUGCUGGUAAAACUGACUGUCCACAUUACGCCAAAGCGGAACUAUUAGCAGACCAGCUGCAGCAAUGCCUACCAAACUUCAGAGUACACAAGAUCUGCGUCCUCCCAGAUCAAUGGAGUGGCUGGAGGACACCUGCAGCAGAAACAGAUGGAAACAUCAGCACUCACCUUUAGUCUGGAGGGAGCUGGUGUACCAAGGAGGGAGAGGGAUCCUCUUAGGGGGCUUCAGUGACUUCCUGGAGCACUGUCAGGAGUACUAUCACAUCACAUCAGACAUGCCUUCAGAGAUGAUGCUGAGUGUUGCUGCAGAGAAUCACGACACCAAGAUGAGCCUCAUUGUGGAGGAGCAGCACCGUGCCAGUCUCAUCAAACCCCUUCACAUCUGGAUCUGCAGCGCUCUCAGCCCAACCUGCCACUUCUUGAUCCCCAAUCUGCUCUCUGCUGAGGUGUUCCCACACGUUACUGCAGUCAGUCUCCAUUUAGUGGACCUGGAGGCGGCUGAGGAGGAGUUACAGGAGCUGAAACUGGACACAGAAGACUUAGCGCUCCCUCUGCUCCACCAGGUGACAACUCACACAGAUCUGGAGGAGGCUUUCAAAGAAGCAGACGUCAUUCUACUUUUGAACGAGCCCGAGGAGGGGGAAGUAGAAAGCAAGGAGGAGAAUAAGUUUAAGGUGUUAGAGAGGUACAGAGAGUACGGGCGGCUGAUUGACACGAGGGCAAACAAGGACGUGAAGGUGAUUGUGUCUGGGGACUCGUUCAUCAACCUGAGGUGCUCGCUCCUUUUGGAGAACGCUCACUCCAUUGACAGCAGCAGCUUUCUAAGUAUCGCGACUCGGCUGGAGAAUGAAGCAAGGGCGGUGGUCGCACAGAAGCUGAAAGUGAGGACUGCAGAUGUAACAGAUGUCAUCGUGUGGGGGAACAUCAGCGGUAGUUUCUACGUUGACCUGCAGAGGGCGAAGGUCUUCAACUACACAGGGGCGAUCAGAGGACCAGCUUUCUUCUCACAGCCUGUGCUGAAGAUGGUCCACGAGAGGAAGUGGGCGGAAACAGACUUACAGGACUUGGUGUGCCGUCAGCGGGCAGCUGUGGCGUCCAAAACCUGCCGGGCAGCUGCCAUGACGGAUGCCAACGGGAUCCUGUCCGUCCUCAAGGCCUGGAGCGGCAGCUGUGGAGUGGAUGAGGUCUUCUCUUUGGGUGUGCUCUGCCCGGGCUACUACAACCUCCCUGAAGGCAUCGUCCUCUCGGUUCCAGCGACCUUCACAGGCGGUAAAUGGUCUGUGUUGUUUGACGUCGCUGUUGGAGACGAGUUAAAGGAGAGACUUCAGGUUUUUGCGAGUGAACUCCAGCAGGAAAAAGAAGCUGGAGCUGAAAAAGAACUGUUAGGAUAAAAAAACAUUUACAAAGAUAAAUCUCACACCUGAAGUU